UGUAUCGCGGCGGUGGGUCGAGUCGCCGCCGCUGCUGCUGGUGUCUCCGGUCGGGCACGUUUAUCGCUUCAUUCCCUCCGCGUUUUCCGUUCACAUAUCGAGCCGGUUCCGUGAUAAGAUGGCGGCGGUCGCCCGGUUGGAGGGUCGUGAGUUUGAGUACGUGAUGAAGAAGCGCUCGGUGACGGUGGGUCGGAACUCGUCGCAGGGCUCCGUGGACGUGAGCAUGGGCCACUCGAGCUUCAUCUCCCGGCGGCACCUGGAGAUCUUCACCGCUGCGGCGGACGACACGGGCGGCGGGGAAUUUUACCUGCGCUGUCUCGGGAAAAACGGGGUGUUCGUGGACGGCGUGUUCCUGCGGCGGGGGGCGCCACCCCUGCAGCUGCCCCGGUUGUGCACGUUUCGCUUUCCCAGCACCAAUAUAAAGAUCACGUUCACCGCGCUGGCCAGCGUCAAGCGUGAGAAGACCGAACCUGAAUCUCCAGUGAAAGCCGUUCAACCACAGAUCUCUCCUCUCACCAUCAACAUACCAGACAACAUCGCCCAUCUCAUGAGCCCCCUGCCCUCGCCCACCGGCACCAUCAGCGCUGCUAACUCGUGCCCGUCCAGUCCGCGGGGUGCGGGCUCCUCUGGGUACAGGAUGGGUCGGAUCGUGCCCGAUCUGCACCUCAUGAAUGAAAACUCUCAUUCUGAGAAUGACAAAGAGGCCUCUGAAGGAGACAGCCCGAAGGACGACUCCAAACCUCCGUACUCAUACGCUCAGCUGAUCGUUCAGGCCAUCACGCUGGCGCAGGACAAACAGUUAACACUAAAUGGCAUCUACACACACAUCACCAAGAAUUACCCGUACUACAGGACAGCAGAUAAGGGCUGGCAGAAUUCGAUCCGUCAUAACCUGUCCCUGAACCGGUACUUCAUCAAAGUCGCCCGCUCUCAAGAAGAGCCAGGCAAGGGUUCAUUCUGGAGGAUAGACCCCUCGUCCGAGAGCAAACUGGUGGAGCAGGCGUUCCGGAAACGCAGGCCGCGGGGAGUGCCCUGCUUCAGGACCCCGCUGGGACCCCUCUCAUCCAGGAGCGCUCCUGCAUCACCCAAUCACUCUGGGGUCCUCUCCGCCCACUCCAGUGGUGUUCAGACCCCCGACAGCCUAUCACGGGAAGGCUCACCUGUUCCUAUAGAGCCGGAGCCCGCCCUGGCCUCUGUUGCUGCCAUCCAACCAAAACUAGCUGUGAUUCAAGAGGCCCAUUUCACUCCCAACUCUGCUGCUUCUUCCAUCAGCAGUCAACCGGUUCUGAUCGCCGUCCAGCGCCCGUUAACUCAGACCAUGAAACCCGUCACGUACGCCCUGGCCACGCCGGUCACAUCCGCCACGUCUGCGCAGACGCUGAUGCAGACGGUGCACGUGGUACAUCAGAUCCCAACUAUGACGGUCAGCACCAUCAGCGGCAACCUGCAGCCGGCCAUCAAAACAGAGCCGCAAGAGAACGGAAAACCAGAGGAGGUUAAAGUGAAGGUAGAGCCACUUCCCACCAUCACUCGAGCCUCCAUCGGCUCGGCCAAUAGAAUCAUUCAGACCAGCUCCGUGGCCACGCCCCUCCAGACGGUUACCAUAUUGCAGCAAGCCCCACUGGGCCAGCACCAACUGCCAAUCAAAACCAUCACCCAAAACGGCACUCAUGUGAUGCCCAUCGCCACGGCGAUACAGAGUCAGGCCAGCUCAGUGUCAAGUCCAUUACACCUGUUGGCCGCUCACGCCUCCGCGUCCGCCUCCCUGCCAACCAAGCGUCAGAACGGGGAAAAGGCGAGCGAACCGCCCGAGAGCAAACGAUUGAAAAUGGAGGAAGAACAGAAAGCGAUCUCCGACCCGAAGGGAAACGCAGCGGAGACGGACUCCGCCCACCAGCGCUCCGGCCACGAUUAGUUCAUCGUUCAACAACGCCGCCGUCUCCACCUGCCACGUGUUUCUCACUUUUUAUUGUGUUUCUGCCCUUACACUUUUUAUUCCGCGCGGCUCGCAGUGCCAAACCCGAAGCUUUUACAUCGGACGACCGUCAUCACCCCUUCAAAGCUAUCGCAUCGCAAAACCACUUCAAAACUCUGUCUGGAAUAUCAUCUUUUACACGCAGACCUCCUUCGUGCAGCUGCCCGCUUUUCCGUUUUGUUACUCGAGAGCCAGAUCCAACAAAACGACAGAGCAACUGCCAUCCGGUCGUAACAUCGGCUGUUUUAUCACACCCUGCAGACGUCAGCUCGCGGAAGCAUCCGAUUGGCUCGGAUUCUGGGUCAUGAAGUUUGUUUUAUUAGCAAAGCACGCGUGGUCCUGGAGGAGUUGUGAUGUGUGAUUCCCUCCAGGAGCGAUCCACCCCUGCGCCAAUUCCACACCCAGAAUAUUGUAGCUCGGACGUUUCCAGGAGCUUCGUGGCCCGCGUGUUGUUUACACCAGAUGGAUUUCCUCGCGCCGGCGGAGGAACACGGGCUCAAAUCCAACAUUCCACACUGCGGCCAGGAAGAUAUCUCGGACUGGAGCGGUUUUAUGCAACGACGCACCAGGAACAGGUCUUUGGCACCCCGGCGUGAGUGUGUGCCGUGUUUUUGUAGUAGUGCGUGUUAGGGCUGUGUGUGGAGACCUGUCUCGGCCAAAGGGAACAAAAUCAAAACUCUUUUCGAAUAUUCGCAAACUUUCGGCAGCUAGACCAUCGACAUCGACCCCCUCACCGCCACCAACUCCUGCAGCCGCCGUAGUGGAUCUAUAUGCAGUAUUUCCUCGUUCAUGCGUGAAGCAUUAGGAUCUGGACGUGUUUGCAGUAUAGAGACGUUUUAAAAAGUAACAAUACCAAUAAUUCUAUAUAAAUAUAUAAGUGACAUACAGGCAGAAACGUUGUCUCUCUUCUUCUUUUGUAAGAUGAAAACCAAGUGUCAAUGGAGUAUUUCCUUUGUUUUUCGUUUUCGAGUCGGUCUUUUUUACGCGCACAUAUUUUCAUACUCUCACGGAUAAAAGAGAUGACGUGUCGUUUUCGUGUGUAGCUGAGCAUGAUGAACAGUACCUGAGCCGUCGAUUAAACAUGUCAACCAAAAGAGAAAAAAAAAAGAAAACGAAGAGAGAACCUGCUUUGAACCAGACCAGAGCUGCACUUGAUUCAACUGUUAUUUGUUUCGUUUCGUCUCGGUUUCGUUUACUUUUGUUUGGAGGCUGUUGUUGUGGUGGAGGCCGACUCUGUUCAGACCUGCGCGUCUGUUGACAGAUUCCAUGUGUUUCAAACAAAAGCAUAAAAACAAGAUUGAUGUUUGUUCUGCUUCAGUGGGUAAAUGCUUUUUUGUUUUUUUAUAAAUUAAUUUAAACCUUA